UGCCCUGGGGGGCCCUCCCUGACCUCUGCCCUCCCACCACCCACUUCUCGCCCCGAAGGCACCAGGCUCUCCGCAGUCACCAGCUCAGCAGGUCAUCGCCCGGUUCACACGCGCGGCCGCACCUUCGGGCCAGAGGAACGCGCCGCGGAGCAGCAGCAUCUGGGCCGCCUCGGCGUCGAGCCCCGCGGGGCACAGAUGUGACCCCAAAGGACCCAGCGCACUUCUCACCGUGGCGAUCUGAAGGGUCACCUAAGCAGCAGCACAUGUCCAUUGUAUCUGAGGCGCCAGUGGACAACAAAACCUUUCGAACUUGAACUUUAACAGAAGAAAGCUUUAAGCGGGCUGUUUCACACAGGCUCCAUUUGAGCAAAGGCAUUUUAAAUCAUUAAGGGGAGAAAAACAGCACUUUUUGCUCAGUAGUGCGAACCCUCCAGGCAGUCUCCGUGGGAAGAAAAGGGAACACUAGUGAAUCUGCGCGUGUGAGCCUGGUGGGGCUCCUCUGUGCACACCCCCAGCGCCACCCUCCCCCCCAAACACUUCCCAGGAUGGAUGAGUCUGAUGAGGAUUUUAAAGAACUCUGUGCCAGCUUUUUCCAAAGGGUGAAAAAGAAUGGCCCCAAAGACGGGUCUGGGGAAAGGAAGAGACCGAGGGCCCCAGACAGCACGCAGACACGCAGCAGACCGCAGGGUACCAAACUGACCACCGCCAAGAGCAGCGCCCCCGCAGGCCCCAGAGCCACGAAAGCCCGACCUGGCAGCCGGGCCCCAAGGGCUAGACAGUCAGGGCCCACCAGGUGCCAGGAGCAGGGCCCAGUGCCCCCUGACGACGGAGAGGGAGGGGCGCUCGCUCCUGCUGCACCCCCAGAGAGCACAAGGAGCACGCAGACAGACGGUGCUCCCGGCAGCGGCCCCCCGGCCCUGCCUUCCUGUCUGGCGGCCACAGAGCCGAGUCCCAGCGAGCGGACAGCGGAGCUGGUCCUGCGGCGGAUGCAGCGCUUCAAGAGAGCCGACCCCGACCGGCUGACGCACGCCCCCCCGGAGGCCGUGCUCCAAGAGAUGGUUUCAGAGGGGCCUCAAGAGGGAACGCCGGCCGGGCAGGGGACUGGGCCCAGGCUCCCUGUCACAGAGAGCGAUGUUGCCGUGGCCUGGGCCCUGCAGCAGGAGCUUGGGCAGGAGCAUGCGGCUGCGCGGGGCGACAGCCUGGAGGAGAAGGGGCUGUUCUUCUGCCAGAUCUGUCACAAGAACCUCUCGGCCAUGAACGUGAUUCGGAGGGAGCAGCACGUGAACCGGUGCCUGGAUGAGGUGGAAAAGGCGACGAGGCCUUCGGCACCACAGAUCCCCGAGUGCCCCAUCUGUGGCAAACCGUUUCUCACCACCAAGAGCAGAACCAGCCACUUGAAACAGUGUGCAGCGAGGAUGGAAGUCGGCCCCCAGCUCCUGCUCCAGGCUGUGCGGCUGCAGAUGGCACAGCCUGAGGGGGCCCCCAGCUUGCCCGCUCCAGUGCCCAGCUUCAGCAGUCUCAGCGGAGGCCUGAAGCGGAAGGGGGCCGCCAGCAGGAAGGAGCCUCAGAAGAGGUGGAGGGUCAGCGGGCCCGAGGCGCCGUCCGAGGACCUGCUGGUGGCCAUGGCCCUGUCGCGCUCGGAGCUGGAGGCCAGGCCGGUGGCGCUCAGACCAGGCAGUGCUGCUGCUGAGAGGCUGCGACCGGGAGCAGAAAAGAAGAGUCGCAAGAAGAAAGCUGCGUCCCCACCCCGGCUGCUGGUGCAGGACGCGGAGAUCACGGGCAGGCAGAUCGAGGACCGCGUGGCCCAGCUCCUGGCCGAGGAAGCUGAGUUGGCCAGCACGCCCCCCCUCCCCGCGGGCGGGCGGCUGAAGGAAGAGCUGGAGAGGGCCAGCUGGUGUCUGCGUCCACCUGCAGGAAAGCAGCACUCCCUGUGGGAGGGCAGUGCCCUGACCCAGGCCUGGGCUCUGGACUCCUUCUACACGGCCAGUCUGGUACCGCCCCUGGUGCUCCAGCGGCCCACCAAGGUGCUCACACAGGAACCCGCAGGGCCACCUGAGCAGCCAGGGCUGGGCUCCGGAACAUCACCUGCCCCCCACAGCACCUGCCCCGCAUGGCCCGGCCCCCCGACGCUGUCACCCUCUGCCAGCCAGAGGGAGCACCAGGCCCUGCAGGACCUCGUGGACCUGGCGGGGGAGGGGCUGAGCGCCAGCCCGCAGCCCUGCAGCGGGGACCCCACUGGCUCGGAGGGGGCCGCAGGGAUGGACUCAUUGCCCGGCUGCCUUCCACUGACGGGCUUUGUCCUGCCGGCCGAGGAGACACAGCUGGAGGGCGGCAGCCAGGCGACGCGCUCCCUGAGUUUGCUGGUGGCUGACCUGGGCGCCAUGGUCAACAACCCACAGCUGAGCGACGUCCAGUUCCAGACGGACAGCGGGGAGCUGCUCCACGCCCACAAGUUUGUGUUGUACGCCCGGUGCCCGCUCCUCACGCAGCAUGUGAGCAGCAACAGCUUCUCUGCUGUGGAGGACGGCGACAUGCCCACCCAGCGUGUGCUGCUGAGCGACGUGAGCACGGAGGCUGCCCGCGCCUUCCUGCACUACCUCUACACCGCCGACACCCACCUCCCUCCCCAGCUGGCCCCCGACCUGGCUUCCCUGGCCCACAGGUUCGGAGUCGGGGAGCUGGCGCGCCUGUGCGAGCGGGCGGCUGCCGCGCCGGACACGGAGGACGGCCAGCAGGAGGGGCGGGGAGACGAGGCCUGCGAGAGCCGGGCGGAGAACUUCCACGCGCUCCUGAGGGCCAUGUGGGUCGGUGAGGAGGAGGAGGAGGCGGCGGCGGCUCUGUUGAAACCCGAGAACUGCGAAGAAGACAGAGAAAAGGUGAAUGAAGCAGAAAUGGAGGAAAUUUAUGAAUUCGCAGCCACUCAGCGGAAGCGGCUCCCGCGGGGCGGCACCCCCGGGGCCGAGGAGGAGAGCGGGCAGCCGGAGGACGGCCCAGGAGGCGUCCGGGCCACGCAUACAGCCCUAACUGCGGGGAGCUGCGUGAGACAGUCCUCGGGCCUGCUGCUCCGGGGCCAGUGUUCCGACGGGGAGGAGGGAGAAGAGACCCCCUCGGGAGCUCCGCACCCGUCCAGCCCCGCUGGUCCCCCUCAGGGCUGCCGGGCGCACAGGGAAGGAGGCGCCUUUCCGGUCUCGGUCGACGCUGAUGACGACGAACAGCCCUUUUUGCUGACUCAAGGAGGAUGCCCCCAAGCACCCCGAAUCUCCAGUGCAGGAGAGGAGGGGAGCGGCACAGGGGAGGACAGGGGCUUGGGGAGUUCCCCUGCCCUGUCCUGCCCCCACCUGUCAUCACAGGCCCCUCCUCAAGGCAGGAGCCCCCACCGGGCACAGCCUCACCCUCACCUCGAGGCUGACUCGGCCCCACCGGUACCCCAGUCACCGCGCGGAGCUGCCAGGCUGACCCCCCAGGACUCGCCAUCACAGCGGAAGAGGAGCAGGCACAGCCUCUCGUCACCUGGCGACCCAAGCUGCCAGAAGGGCCAGCAGCGGGCUUCCCUGUGGGGGCGCAGAAAUAAAGGGGUCCUGAUUUCCCCCCAGAAAUCUCUGUCCAUCGACCUGACCCAGCCCCAACCUGACCACAGCAGCGGCAGCUCCCAGAGCCCCCCGGCCCACGGGAGCAGGGAGGACGAGGUCAUCCUCUUGUUAGAUUCGGACGAAGAGCUGGAGCUACAGCAAACCCAAGUCAAGUCUGUUUUUCAUGAGCCCCCCGAAGAAAGGAAAGUUCUGGAAGUUAGUGCCAAAUCCUGUGAGCUGUUUCCCAUCAUCGACGUGGACACGGACCAGGAAGCUUCCCAGAGCCCGCCCCUGAGAGAGGCCUCGCCGCGGCAGCCGGACCCAGGCUCUGCUGGGGAGCAGGGGCCCCCCCGGCUGCUCUGCCGCCCCGCGAGCAGCCCCGACGAGGACAGCAGCUCAGAUGCCUCGUGGCUGGUGCCCGCCACCCCGCUGGCCCUCAGGAACCGCGGCUCUUCCUCGCAGGCCCAGGCCCUGGGCCUCGGGUGCAGGCUGUCGGCCGGUCAGGUGAACCAGCUCAGGCCCACAGGCUCGUCAGAACAGAGUGGCGGCCCCGAGGCCGCGACGUCAGCCUCGUGCCUCUCCCCCUCGACUCCUGGGAGCCCCGACGGCGGGAGGCAAGUCUGCGGGAGCCCUGGCAGCCCCCCGCCGGUGCCGCAGGCGCUUCCCUCCACUGGCCCCGCAGCCGGUUGCGGGCGGCCUCCCCGACACCCCCCGCAGCACCAGCCGCGCUCACCACCCGGGCCCAGCCCCGCACGUCGGGCCCCGGCCGGGGAGGUGGUGGAGGUCGAGGACAGCGGAGAUGAGCGGGAGGUGGCCUCCCAGCGGGCCGGCGGCAGCCCCCUGCUGCCCGGCGACGCCCCGGCGCCCGAGGAGGCCUGCUGCUGGCACGCCGAGCCCCUCUCCCCGAUCCCCAUCGACCACCUGAACCUGGAGCGCACGGCGCCCCUGAGCGCCAGCAGCCCCAUCCCGGGCGGCGCUGCUCCCGGCCACAGGCGGUCCUGGGUGAAGUCCCCCGGGGCCAGCUCCCCGGGGCGCGGCACGCCGAGCUUUCUGAGCUCCGCCCUGUGGGACGACUGGGACGGAGACGAGGGGCCGCCGGGGCCCCGCGCCCAGAGCCCGCCGACGCGCGCCGAGGGAGCACAACAGCCCGGAGCGCCGGGGACGCCGGGAGGAGCUGGUCAGAAGAACUUGCCCCCCAAAGUACCCAUAACCCCGAUGCCAAGGUAUUCCCUCAUGGAGACCCCGGUGCUGAAGAAAGAGCUGGACAGGUUUGGGGUCCGCCCUCUGCCCAAACGCCAGAUGGUUCUGAAGCUGAAGGAGAUAUUCCAGUACACGCACCAGACGCUGGAGUCCGACUCUGAGGGUGAGAGCCCGGCCCCGCCAGAGGCUGCACCGCGGCGCCGAGAGCAGCAGCCUGGGGGCAGUGCCCCCGCCCCAAGCACCACGCAGGCCGCAGAGGCGCCUCGGGGCCCUGACCGGGACACCGAGCUCCCAGCCUCCCAGGGGUCCACGGCCCCCUCUGCGGACGGCAGCGACAGCUCCUUCAGCUCCCAGAGCUCCGCCUCCGGCGAGGUCGGCCGGGCCCUGGAGUGCGCGGGAGACGAGGCGGGCGAGGAGGGCGCCGGCGCGGCGCGGGCCUUGGCCACGGAGGCGGCGCUGGGCCGCUACAUCCGCGCGCGGCCGGCGCUGUACCGCCGCGUGCUGCGCUACGAGCCGCUCGAGCUGGCGGAGCUGCGCGCCGGGCUGCGGCGCCAGGGCGUGCGCGUGGCGGCCGGGCGGCUGCUGGACCUGCUGGACGCGCAGGGCAUCACCUUCACCACGGCCGCCGCCCGCAGGGCGCAGCUGUCCCGGCGGCGGAGAAGGCGGCCGGGGCGCGGGGGGAAGGCGGCCGGCGCCUCCCCGCCCCCGUGA